AUGGAUUGCACAGAAAUUUGGCACUGUGAUAAGAAAGACGACACCCUAUGGGUAAAUCGGAUUAAGUCAAUUCUCUCACAAUGUUCUCCAUGUCUUUUCAGUUGCUUGGGCCUCAAGUCACCAUUCAUCGAAUUCAGAAGCGAAUACGAGACACUGUCCAACAUAAGUAUCUCAAUGAAUUUAACCAUUGACGAGAGCAAUGGCGUGACACUGAAUCGCAAUAUGGGCAGUAAUCCAUCACCGUCAACCAAUGCCAUCGACAAUCUCCAAAUAUCCGCACAGAACACCGCUCUCCUGAGCAAGCAGCGUCUAUUGACUCGCGUUGAGGUAAUAACACCUUCACCACCAACAUCGACACCAUCAACAUCACAAUUGCUGGGCACCAUUGAGCGAGCGUCGACAAUUAAGACUGAAUACAUCACGAGUGCAUCGAUAAGUAAUGUUUACGAUCGCGAGAUUCGUAUAAUUGAAGAAAUUCCACCGGGCCGUGAUCUAGCAGCGGGUGGUGAUCAGCAGAUGAUGUCGGUGAAUGAUCGCAAAUACAUUAUACCAAUGGCAUUGAGGCAGCAGCACAAUACAAAGGAGCCGCGCAAAAGUUCCAUCUUUCGUGAUUCCGCCACAACAACCAAUAUUGAUGAUCUCAAGCGUCACAUUGUGAUGCUGCACAAUCUCACCAAGCACGAUCGCAAUUUCAAGAGUAAAUUCGUUCAAUUUCCCUCCCUGAGGCGUCACAAUGCAAAUGACACGAGCACAAAUGCCACAACAGAGAGAUCACGAGAUCAAUUGAGAAACAGAACGCCAACUGCAAAGCCCGCUGACGAGAUUAACCCCUUGCCAAAGACUCAAGACAUUCUGCGCGACACUGACGAAGAGAGGGUGGAUGAUGGAGAUCUUGAGACCAUUCUCAAUCACGAAAAGGUCACAAUAGUCCCUCAAGUACUUCUACAAAAUGAUCAAACACCCAUUACGGCCACUAUUGAGAACAGUAGCAACACCCAUGUUCGCAUCAAUCACGAAAAUCUCAUAAUGACUACCACAAAACAGCCGCGAAAGAGCAAUGAAGAUGUCAAGAGAGGGAAGAAAGCAGGCAACAAGAAACGAAAGAAGAAGCAACCGAACAAGGUGUGCAAAGAAACUGACGAUAAAGUCAUUGGGAACUGCACUCUCGCCACAGCGUGGCGAAAUCGAAAGGGUAGAAAGAUGGCAAAUAGAAAUCAGCCAAACACUACAAGAGAUGUCGUCGAACUUGAGGAUGAGGAUUUUGACGGUGAAAAUGCAACGAAGAAACUCCAGAGAGUCCCGAGGAAUCAACGGAGUCACUCAAUUGAAAACCAACCAAUAAAUCCUCCAAAUAUUUACAUUGAAACUGUCGACGUCAAUCCGAGUCUAUGCCAUCAGGUGGGCGGUCUCAGCUAUGGUCAGCAGAAGCUCUGUGUUCUUCACACCAACAUCAUGCCAGCCAUCAGUCGUGGCGCUCGCUCAGCCAUUCAGGAAUGUAAACAUCAAUUCAAGAAUCGCAGGUGGAAUUGUUCAACAGUUGAUGACGACACUGUUUUUGGACCAAUCACCAGCAUCGGAUCCCCCGAAAUGGCAUUUAUUCAUGCUCUGGCUGCGGCCGGGGUGGCAAGUUUUAUCGCCCGGGCUUGCCGAGAUGGUCAAUUGGCGUCAUGUGGCUGCUCACGAAGCUCCAGACCCAAACAACUCCACCGAGAUUGGACUUGGGGCGGAUGUGGAGACGAUUUAGAAUUUGGUUACAAAUUUUCUCAGACAUUCAUUGAUAUACGUGAAAAGGAGAAGAAACGUGGACCACGUGGAUUAAUGACACUCCCACAGCGAAUCAACAAGAUAGAAGAGAAAAUUUCCCCUGAAAUUGCCAACGACACUGAGCAUCAACCCCAACCAUUGUUCAAGCCAGAAGACAUCAAGGAGUUGCAGGAGAAAAUCAAGAAGGAAAUUGAGGAUUCAAAGCUGCAAGAGAAGGAAAUGCAUGAACUUCAGGAAAAAAUCAACCGUGAAAUUUUCAACUCCAAAAUCUUCAAUCUGGAAAACAGGGCAAUGUUUGUCAACAAUCGGAGGCAAAAAGGCGCUCUGAGUCGCAUCAAGUUGUCCGGCACGGCACUGAAGGCCAGGAGUCUCAUGAAUCUGCACAACAACGAAGUGGGAAGGAGGGCCGUCAUCAAGAAGUCGCGCAUCACAUGCAAAUGCCACGGCGUUUCCGGCAGUUGCAGUCUCAUCACGUGCUGGCAGCAAUUGUCCUCAAUGCGUGAAAUAGGGAAUUACCUCAGAGAGAAGUACGACGAGGCCACGAGGGUGAAAAUGAACAAGCGGGGACGUCUUCAGGUGCACGAUUCGCGCUUCAAAGUGCCCACAGCACUGGAUCUGGUCUACCUGGACGAGAGCCCAGACUGGUGUCGCAACAGCAAGCAACUCCAGUGGCAGGGCACCCACGGACGCGUGUGCAACAAGACAUCCUCGGGAUUGGACAGCUGCUCCAUUCUCUGCUGCGGAAGAGGCUACAACACCAAGAAGAUCGUCGUCCGGGAGCGAUGCAACUGCAAGUUCCAGUGGUGUUGCCACGUCAAGUGCGACGUGUGUGUCAAGGUGAUAGAGGAGUUCACCUGCAAAUAGACACUCCAUUAUCAUCCGGAACACACCAAGCCAUCACCGCCGCCAUUUGCCGGCGAGACUUUAUCCCCCUUUUUACCCCAUAAUUCUACUGCCAUUCUCGUGAACUCCACCCCCCAUCGCUACAUCAUAGUUGAUACUAUUUAUUUAUUGUAAUUUUAUCGCUCCAUAAGUAUUUAAUGUAGUGGAAAACGUGAAAAUAAAUCUUACCCGAGUAGCUCCA